GACCCCGGCACCACGGUGAUCUCUUUCUCGCACUUCCUGCCGAGACAAGAGCUCUUGCCGGAGAAGCGGCUCCUCUACUUUCCUCCCAUCGCCAAAGCCGUGGGAUCCCGACAUCUGGGAGAACGCCUACGAGCUUUGGCUCCGGAUCUCCACAUCUUCGGGCAUACCCACUACGGCUGGAGCUCGAAGCUGGAUGGGACCCGUUACCUCCAAGCGUGCGUGGCCUAUCCGCGCGAGCGCUCUGAUCGCCCGUUCUCCAUCUACUGCAGGGGGGAGGCUGGUGCUGCAUCGGCUCCCCCGCUUUUGGUUUACAGCCACCCCGGCCGCCAUUUUCCAGCCUACGAAGGCUUCUGGUCAAAGUAUUACGAG